AUGCAUUCCCUCACCUUUGUGAAUUCCAUCUUUUUGGCAUUGAGUGCCGGCACUCUCGCCCAGAAUACCUCAGCAUCAAACCCCCAAGCUUCCAACAUGAUCAUCACCGUCUCGGACGGCUUGAACUGCAACCAAAAUGGGACCGGCAUCAACUUCACUACACCGCUGCUUUACAACGUACAAACAACCAACUUCGACAACAACUCCAUGCAAAUCUUAUCCUACUCCCUCAGCCGAGCUACCACCCUCCAGGAACAGCUCGACUUCAGCGGACCCACAAGGGGUAUGGGCACUGUCAACGGCGACCCAGAGCAGUGCACGUUGUUCCACGAAACGACGAGCCCGAAUUCGAAUGGUAAUACUUUGGUUGCGAACCAGUGUUAUGGUCUCCUCCUGGGGCCAGCAGAGUGCCUCAGAUUCUUUGUACACAGUUAG